GCGGCGGCGCGAUGGCGGACGUGUCGGAGAGGAAGCUGCAGCUGUCCGUGCUGCUGGCCUUCGCCUCCGGGGUGCUCGUGGGCUGGCAGGCCAACCGGCUGCGCAGGCGCUACCUGGACUGGAGGAAGCGGAGACUGCAGGACAAGCUGGCGGUGACGCAGAAGAAGCUGGACUUGGCCUGAGCCCGGCUCCGCGCGCCCACCCCGUGUUGCGGGGCGCCCCGCCUGAGUCAGGCCCCUGGCCCCCCGCCCGCCGCUCGGGCUCCUCCUCAGCCGCUUGUUGAAGAUGGAUAUACAACACUGGACAGAAAUUACUUCUCCUUGUACUUAUGCAUCAAUUUUAUUUUUAAAAUAAAAUGUUAAAUAUUUUUGAACUUGUUAUGAAAAGGAAAAGAAGUCUUGCUGGCCCUGCAGUUCACCACAUCAAGAGCUCUGGAUUCUCAAAACUAUAUAUUAGCGUCUUUGAGCAGAUGCCAUGCUUCCUAAGGAAUCUAUGCUAGUUCCUUGGUACAGCUGCAAAGCACAGUUGGCCUGGGCACCAUUCUGAGUCCUUUUGGUUAGUUGUUUACAGGACCUGGGAGAGUAAGAAAGAGGCUGUGUAAAAAUAACUGAGGUAAGGGUGAUGUAUGUAAGACAUUUGUGCUUCCAGGAGUGACAACAUACUCCAAGUCUGGAGUAUAUGUUUUUAUUGGCAAACAUUUCAUUUGUGUCAUUAUGGAACAUGCAGGUGAAGGAGAAACCCUCUUGGUAGAGCUUAGUGAUAAAUCCCGACUAUAGGUGGAAAUCAAGAGGGAGAGAUCAAGUCCCUGGUUAUUUUUGGAUUUGCAAGAGGUGUUUUCUAGAACACUGCCCUUGCUCAUUGCUGUAAAGGUUAAUUUUGUGCCAGCCAAUUUAAUGGCAGCUUCAUGUUAACAAAGAAAUUCAGAAGUUUCUACAGAAAGCUUUCUCCCCUCAUUUUACCGGGGUCAUUAUGCUUUGUUACUUCCGACCUUAUGUUCAUUCUGUGAAUGCAGUACUCAAGGACUGAAAUGCUGGUUCUUAGACCUCUGUCCCAUCUGGGCUGCAGUUUGCUGAAGUGUCCUAGCCACCCUUACUCACUGGGGUUCUGGGAGUUGAGGCUCUUUGAGACAAGGUAGGUUUCUUAAGGCACAUGGUAUUCCCAGACUGUUGCUUUGUGCCCAGGUACGAGUCUGGGUUAUGACCAGUUCUGUGUGUUUGGCCUGUUCAUGUGCUGUGUUAACUGUGGACCUGAUUGUUCCAGUGGUGCUUCCUUUCCCAUUACGUAUUUGUAGUCCCCUGACACACUCAUCUCCCUCUCCUGUCUCACCUCAGUG